AUGAAGCUGCUCACACUUUUCUUUUUAUUCUUAGCAGCAAUGGCUAUUGUUGCAGCUUUGGAUUUAGAAGAUUAUAACGAAGACAUGGACAUGCAAAGUCAAGUCACAGUGCCUGAAAACCAAGAACAAGAAGCUGCUUCUUUAAGAGGAGUGGGCCGGUUUCUUUCACAGUAUCACCAGCCAGCCAGUAUGACUUGCAACAAGUUUCCUUGGGUAUGUCGUCUGAAGAAUAGCCCGGGGCGGGACUGCUGCAAUAAGAAAUGUGUUAAUGUGAUUACCGAUCGCAUGAACUGUGGUGGCUGUGGAUGGAAGUGCAAGUACUCUGAAAUUUGUUGCAAGGGAAAAUGUGUGAAUACUUCCUUUGACAAGAGGCAUUGUGGUGGGUGCAAUAAGAAGUGCAAGAAGGGAGAGUUAUGUGUUUAUGGGAUGUGCAAUUAUGCAUGA